CCUGCAGUUUGGAACACCCUACACCAUUGAAGGUUCGGAGUUUUACGUCUCCAUAAUAUUUGAUUAAAUCCCAAAUAUCAAAAUAAGAUACAAAAGCCUAUUUAAAAUACUCUUAAGGUUACAUGGGCAUCGAGGAAAGCCAUCGAGGAAUAGUCUGAUAGGAGUUGUUAGGGCUGUUGAAGUAGCAUUUGAUGUAUCAUUGGGCAAAUCUGAGGGGAGGGUUCUACUCUCAUUUAACAACAUCAGCAGCAUGAAGAUGAUGCACAACAGGAAGAUGAGCAGGCCAGUAGAGGCAUUAUUCAAACAUGAAGAGAAACAGUCUGCAAGCCCACCGGAGGACACAAACAUCAAUAGGGCAAUAUUUGAAAUGACACACAAAUCUGAUGUUGAACAGUUUAAUAAAUUUAUUAGUGCUCUCUGCAAAUCGGGCGAGGCAAACAAAGGGUGGGAGGCUUUUCAUCUGGCAAAAAGUAAAGGGUUUUCUUUCGAUGUCAGAACAUUCAAUUUCCUUUUGGAUGGUCUUGGGAACGAUGGAGAUUUCUCUACAAUCGCUUUGCUUCUUGCUGAAAUCCAAGAUAUGGGAAUUGCUCCAAAUGUCAUAACUUAUAAUGUUGUUAUAAAGGCUUUGUGUAAGUGGGAUCAACUUGAGGAAGCACACGAGCUCUUGCGUAAAAUGAAGGAUACUCAUUGUUCUCCUGAUAUUGUAACAUAUAACACCCUUAUUAACGGGGUCUGCAAGAAGCAUAGAAUAGAUGAAGCUUUAGUUUUAGUAUCCAAAAUGAUACGAAACGGCUUUUCUCCAAAUAGUAUUACAUACAACACCCUAGCUAAUGGUCUCUGCAAUGUGGGUAAAGUAAAUGAAGCUCUUCGAUUGGUGACUAAAAUAAGGAAUGCUCAUUGUUGGCCAGAUACUGUUACAUACAAUACCCUAAUUAAUGGUCUAUGCAGCAGAGGUAGAAUAGAAGUGGCUCUCAAAUUGGUAGCUAAAAUGAUACAUGUACAUCGUUCUCCUGACAUUUUUACAUACACCACCCUUAUUGAUGGUCUCUGCAAAGAAGGAAGAUUGCAUGAAGCAUUCAGAUCACUGGCAAAAAUAAUACAAGAUGGCCUCUCGCCUAAUGUAAUUACAUAUAGUGCCCUACUGAAUGGCCUCUGCAAGAAAGGUAGACUAAAUGAAGCUCUUCUAUUAGUAGCUAAGAUGAAGGAUGGUCAUUGCCCUCCUGAUAUUGUUACAUACACUAUCUUGGUAGAUGGCUUUUGCAAGGCUGGCAAAAUUAAUGAAGCCUACAAUUUGUUUCUACAUAUGCUAAAAUUUGGUCCGUUUCCGAAUGUAGUGACAUUCACGGUAAUAAUUGAUGGACUGUGGAAAAAUGGCAGGAUGGACAUGGCUCAGAAAUGUUUCCAUGAUAUGCUCAGAAAUGGUGUGCAACCCAAUCUGAUUACUUAUAGUUCUUUGAUAUGUGGUCUAGGCAAAAUGCAUGAGAUGGGAAAAGCUGAAAAUCUGUUUAAAGAGAUGCUAAGUAAAGGCUUCUCUCCAGAUGUUGUUGCCUAUACCACCUUGAUUGCUGGUUUAUGUCAGGUUGACAGAGUAAGUGAAGCAUACAGGCUUCUUUCUGAGAUGGAAAACAAUGGUUGUGUUCCCAAUGUGGUGACUUACAGUAUUCUGAUUUAUGCAUCCUGUAGGACAGGAGAAUUGAAGAAGGCAUGUGAAAUGCUAGGGAAGAUGAAAAAAGGGUUUUGAAACCUGAUGAUGUAACAAACAGAACAAUCAUUGAUGGUCCUUGUUAGGUGAGAGAUCAUGGUAGCACACAUACUCUGUCAAACAAGGUUGAAGAUGAAGACUUGGCUCUGGGUGUGGUCAGCCAUACUGUUUUGAUUAAUGGCCAUUGCAAUGGACAAGGCCCUAAAAUACUCUGUCAAACAAAUGAAACAAUCGUUGAUGGUCCUUGUCAGGCGAGGGAUCUCGGUAGCACACAUAAUCUGUCAAACAUUUAAGUUUGAAGAUGAAGACUUGGCUCUGGGUAUAGUCAGUCAUGCUGUUUUGAUUAAGAGCCAUUGCAUUGCCAGUGAAAUGGACAAGGCCCUAAAAUACCCUGUCUAACAAACAGAGCAAUCAUUGAUGGUCCUUGUUAGGUAAGGGAUCUUGGCAGCACACAUACUCUGUCAAACAAGGUUGAAGAUGAAGACUUGGCUCUGUGUGUGGUCAGCCAUACUGUUUUGAUUAAUGGCCAUUGCAAUGCCAGUAAAGUGGACAAAGCCCUAAACUACUCUGUUAAACAGGGUUGGAGAAGAGAACUUGGCUCAGGGUGUGGUCAGCCAUACUGUUGCAAUACCAGUGAAAUGGACAAGCCCCUAAGGUUUGUAGAAAUCGUAAAAAUGACUGGCAUUAUUUCAAGUAUUGCAACUUAACCUUACCGAUUGACACUUUUUGCAAAUAAAGCAAACUUAACAUUGCCUUUUUGGUGUUGAAUGAGAUGAAAGCAAAGGGUUUGAUUCCAAAAGCUGUCACACAAGUUGUUUUUUGGCAUCCACAAUUCGUUAAUGGAUCUAAUAAAGAAACAUGGCCAUGGUACAAAUUUUACAACUGUUCAGUUACUUUUGUGGCCCGGUCCAUGUUGGUCAAACAGAAAAAUCAAGAAAUUUGUAAAUAGUGAUUCUUUUAUUAUUUUCAGGUGAGCAUAAUUCUUAUGACUUGGUAACUGUUAGACAUAUCAAAUUUCACUAUAAUCAGUAUAUUUAUCUAUUCAGUUGGAAAAUUUACAUGUA